GGCGGGCAGUAAGUAUCCCACAUCACAACUUGGAACCAGUGACAAGGCAGCAGAGGUCUCUCUACCGAGGACUUAAUUCGUGUUUCAGUUCGUCAUUGUUGCUAUACAGGUUUAGCAAGAGGUUAUAAUGACAAGCCCAGCGGUUGAUCCAGUCGUGAAAAGCUCUGAUGUUCCUGUAGUGACUCUGCAGAAUAAAAUACAAUCUGCCAAAACCCCAGAAGAAAAAGAAAAGCUCAAGAAAGACCUAGAUGACCUGAUGCAGACAAGAGAGCUAAUCCGGGCAUCGGUAAUACAGAUCAUUGAAAAAUCCACCGACUCCAAAGAGCAAGCACAGUCAAUCCAAACCUCGGGACAAGCCGACAUCACCAACUACAAGGUGUACCGGGAGGUCAUAGAGUAUUACAAGCAGAAAUGUUUUAACUGGCACAACCCAAAGUAUGCAUAUGCCCUUCAUCAGCUGCACCUGUUCUCAAAUCUGUGUGAGGCGAACGUGCCCAUGGAGCGCAUUAAAACAGCCAUUGAUGUCGUAAGUGAAAACCUGAAGAAAGGAGAUGCAGCUGGAUGUUGAGCAACGGCCAGAACGGACCCUAAUGGAGCAUCUUCUUUUACUACAGAGCCACAGCUGAACUAACACUAACAGGGCAGACACUGUAUAUUUUCAUUCUAGAGAGGCCUGGGAAACAGGAAACAGUGUUAUUCUGUUGUGUGUGUGUUUUUUCUGUUUUGUUUUACUGUAAUUUUUUAUUCCUUUUUUUUCCUUUUUAAUGUAUUUACUGUAUUGUAUUAUUUCAACUAGAUUUUUACUGCACUGUGUUGAUUGUGCCUGGCUGCCGUAGCACUUGAAUUCCCUGCAUGGGAUUAAUAAAGUACCUACCUACCUAGCUGUA